AUGUCAAAAAUAACCCCCAAAAACCUCUCCUACGACACCACCCUCCCCCCCUUCCUCGCCCGCCUCCAAGCCACCAACGCCUCCUCAGACGGGCGCAACUCAUACACCAUCGCGCGUCCCAAAAAGGUCCGCUCCGCAGAGGAAGAAGCAGAAGACGAGCCGGUAUACUUCAACGAGGAGAGCGGGGAGACCUUGACAAAGUCCGAGUGGGAGGAGAAAGAGAAAGAGAAGGAGCUUGAGACGUCAGAAACGGGAGAGGGAGAGGGUGGAGAAGGCGAUGCGACGGAUGGGAUGGAAAAGGGGAAGGAGGAACGGGUAGCUGCUAUUGGAGGUAGUAGGAAGAGGAAGGUUGGGAAGGUGAUUGGUGGGGAGGAGGAUGAGGGGGAUGCAUAUGCAUAUGAGAGAGCUAAAGAACAUGUUAAGAAGACGGCGAAAGUGUCGGGAAAGACUGAGGGAAAGAAGGGUGAUGCGAAAGCGGAGGUUGGACCUAAGAAGCCUGCUGCUGCGAAGAAGAAAGUAGGCAAGAAGAUCAAGUUGAGUUUUGGCGAUGAGGAAUAA